AUGCAUGGGGAGAAUGUCACCAUGGUGAUGCACUUUGUAUUGCUCAGCCUCUCCAAGAGCCAGGAGCUGCAGCUGGCUCUCUUUGCCCUCUUCUCCAACACUUACCUGAUCAUCCUGGUGGGGAACGUCCUCAUCAUGGUGAUGGUGGCCAAAGACUGGUGCCUCCACACCCCCAUGUACUUUUUCCUGGGGAACCUCUCCUUCAUUGACCUCUGCCACGCCUCGGUCACGGCCCCCAAGAUGCUGGCUGAUCUCCUUUCCAUGGAGAAGAUGAUCUCCUUCGGGGGCUGCAGCCAGCUUUUCUUCCUCCACCUCUGCACCUGCACCAAGAUCUUCCUCCUGACCAUCAUGGCCUAUGACCGCUAUGUGGCCAUCUGUCACCCACUGCAGUACCCCACGCUCAUGAGCAUGCGAGCCUACACCUGGCUGGGGGGGCUGUGGUCUCGAGCCACUGUCCACUCCCUGGUGCAGACAGUGCUCACCGUCCGGCUGCCCUACUGUGGCCCAAACAUCAUCAAUAACUUCUUCUGCGACGUGCCGCCUGUCAUCAAGCUGGCCUGCACUGACACCUACCUGAUGGGGGUGUUGAUCAUCUCUAACAGCAGCAUGAUCUCUCUCACCUGCUUCCUGGCCCUGCUAGGCUCUGCCCUGGUGAUCCUGGUAUCUCUGCAGAGUUGGAGCGCUGAAGGGUGGUGCAAAGCGUUCUCCACCUGCGCUUCCCACUUGGCGGUGGUGGGGUUGUUCUUUGGGCCCUGCAUCUUCAUCUACAUCUGCCCUGCCACCAGCUUCUCACUGGACAAGGUUGUGUCAGUUUUCUACACAGUGGUGACACCGGUGCUCAAUCCGGUGAUCUACACCCUGAGGAACCAGGAGGUGAAGGGGGCCAUGAGGAAGCUGAGGGAGAGACAGGUCUUCUCCAAGGGGAAAUAG